GGAAACCGUGAGGGGUCCCGGGCGGGCGUCUUGGCGAUCGUGGCCGUCGGAUUCUGCGGGGCCGGGAGGUCUGAGCGGAUCAGGACCCUCCCGCCCUUCGGAGCGCACGCCGCUCCCUCGGACCCUUCCUUCCUGCUGUCGGGAGGGGAGUCCGCGGGUGUCAGGGUCCGAGCCUGCCCUGGCUGCCUCGGGAGUGGUCGCAGCUGGGUUCCUGGGCGCCGGUCACAUCCCCAAGUGCCGUGCCCCUCGGGGCGGUCCUCCGCGACCGGAAGGCACCUCGGAACCCUAACGUUGAGCGGAGCCAGGCCAGAUCUCCUGGAGUAGUCAUGAUUUCAGGCGGUGCAGAGUCAUCUGUGAGGAAGCCUUUGGGAAGCUCUCCCUGGGAACACUCGUGGCUCUUGUGAGGGAAGGGCUGCGAGGCUUGGGUGGGCGGACGGCUGGGCUGCAGCUAUGGACCGAGAGCUGGCCCAGCCCCGCAUCCUUGCUGAGCCUGCCCAAGUGCGGCCGCUCCCACCAUGGUCUCCUCAGUGUACAUCACGGUGGAGCUGGCCAUUGCUGUGCUGGCCGUCCUGGGCAACGUGCUUGUGUGCUGGGCCGUGUGGAUCAACAGCAACCUCCAGAAUGUCACCAACUUCUUUGUGGUAUCACUGGCGGCGGCUGACAUUGCAGUGGGUGUGCUCGCCAUCCCCUUCGCCAUCACCAUCAGCACCGGCUUCUGUGCCGCCUGCCACGGCUGCCUCUUCUUCGCCUGCUUCGUCCUGGUCCUCACUCAGAGUUCCAUCUUCAGCCUCUUGGCCAUCGCCAUUGACCGCUACAUCGCCAUCCGCAUCCCACUCCGGUACAACGGCUUGGUGACAGGUAUGAGGGCCAAGGGCAUCAUUGCAAUUUGCUGGGUGCUGUCGUUUGCCAUCGGCCUGACCCCCAUGCUGGGCUGGAACAACUGCAGUUACCUUAAGGAAGACCAGAACUCCACACAGCCCUGUGGCGAGGGCCAGGUGACCUGUCUGUUCGAGGACGUGGUGCCCAUGAACUACAUGGUGUACUACAACUUCUUUGCCUUCGUGUUACUGCCCCUGCUGCUCAUGCUCGGCAUCUACUUGCGGAUUUUUCUGGCUGCCCGGAGACAGCUGAAGCAGAUGGAAAGCCAACCCCUGCCAGGGGAGCGGACUCGGUCCACGCUGCAGAAGGAGGUCCAUGCCGCCAAGUCCCUGGCCAUCAUCGUGGGGCUCUUUGCCCUCUGCUGGUUGCCACUGCACAUCAUCAACUGCUUCACCUUCUUCUGCCCCUCCUGCCAACAUGCCCCUCCGUGGCUCAUGUACCUGGCCAUCAUCCUCUCCCACAGCAAUUCUGUUGUCAACCCCUUCAUCUAUGCCUACAGGAUCCGCGAGUUCCGCCAGACCUUCCGGAAGAUCAUCCGCACCCAUGUACUGAGGCGGCAGGAGCCCUUCAAGGCAGGGGGUUCCAGUGCCUGGGCCUUGGCAUCUCACAGCACUGAGGGAGAGCAGGUCAGCCUCCGCCUCAACGGCCACCCCCUGGGGGGAUGGGCCAAUGGCAGUGCCCCCCAUUCUGGACGGCGGCCCAAUGGCUACACCCUGGGGCUGGUGAGUGGAGGGAGUUCCCAAGGGUCUCCUGGGGAUGUGGAGCACCAGGAAGGAGACCCGGAGCACCCUGGCCUAGGGGAUCAGCUGGCCCAGGGCAGAGUAGGAACAUCUUCAUGGUCCACAGAGUUUGCCCCUUCCUGAGGGAAAGAAAUCUUUAUCUUUUUGGUUGGCUGGACCAAUCUCACCGAGAGAAGACGAGCAAGACCACGCCAGGAAAUCCACUGGGCUUCUGGUUCCCACUUUGUACUAAGAAGAGGGACCAUCAAGCUGGAGCAGCAUGUAGCCCAGUAAGAAAGGCCUGGGGUGGAGGAAGCAGAUGCUCUGUGCUAUGGGGCCUUGUGUUAGGCCGGAGUUGCAGCCAUAGCAGCAGCAGCAGCAGCAGCAGCAGCAGCAGCAGCAACAUCUUCCAAGGCAAGGCCCAGUUCCCCCACUCCCGAAGCAUCAGAAAGCUCUCUCUUGUCUCUCUAGAGCAGCUGUGGCUUGGAGGACUGGCCUGGCCUGGCCUGAUGCUGAGGUAUGGCUGCUUCAGGCCUCCCACCAUAGUACACUACCCUCCCCAGACCGUCUAGGGCUCAGGGAGCUGCUGGCCUAGAAGUGGCACUUGACUACUUUUUUUUUUUCUUCCAGAAGAUAAAAAUGUGAGGAAACCCUUUCUAUUUUAUUGACUUCCCUCCCCGGCUGCUGGGUCUGUUGUCCAUCCUGCUCUUAUCCCAAGGAGUGGCCGGCAGCCCUCAUGCUGCCGCAAGCUGCCACACACUUAGUCGUAGGGCCAUCUCGGGGCAACAAGGCUCGGCUUGAAGACAGGAACUGUGGAGGGAAUCGUGCCAGAGUGUGGGCUCUCAGGUCCCCUGAGGGAGGUUUGAGCUGUCAAUCCAUGGACCUGAGCCUGGGUAGCUCAGAGCUGCCUCUGUCGGAGACCCUGUCUGAUGCCUUUCCUUCCGGGAGGGGCGGGGGUUGACUUUUUUGUUUGUUUGUUUGUGGGUUUUUUUUUUUUCUGACAUAAAAUAAAAUGAGCCACACUCGUGUUUUAAAUUUG